AUGGAUGGUAUUGGCAUGGAAGAUGAGAAGACUAAGAGGAAGGCAGAUGGAGAAGAAGGGGAAGAGGGAGAGGACGAAGAACAGUCCGAUUCUCUCUAUCCCCCUGAACAGAUCUCCUCCUCAGACUAUUUGGAACGUGAGAGUUGGAUCGUCUUCCCAGAUGCUUCAGAUAAUGGUGCGGGAUGGGAGAGCCAGGAAGAGCCAGCCAGGGAGAGCCAGGAGAAACAGCCAGGGAAAACCAGGGAGAAACAGGGAGAGCAAGGAGAGUCAGGAGAAUCAAGUAGAGUCAGGGAAAGUCAGGAAGAGCAA